GCGGAGCUCCGGAGUUCAUGACACAACAUUGACAACAAGAUCUGGUCGCGCGGGGCAGGACGAACUGUUCUGGGCAAGCAGCACAUGCACCGUUCCAGGUUUAAAUCGGUUAAGAACCUAGUCCAGUUACCAUGAAGAGAUAUACAAAUCCUUUCCUGCCUGCUCUGCCAUUUCUUAGCAGACAUGGGAGAUAACUCCUUCCCAAGGAUACAGAAUCAAGACAGCGAACGACACCAGCCAUCAACAAAAAGCGGGCAAGAGAAGAGCAGAAAUAAAUGAUCAGGAUUAAUUAAUUAUACGACCGACUCCUUAAAGGCAGAUUAUAGUGACCUAUACAAUACACCACCAUAAUCAGUCAACUGUUUGUAGCUAACACAGGUACAACAUUUUACCAUCGCGUGUACAAGAGUUCUUCCUGCAGACUAUUUCUGGAAUUCGAUCGUAAUCAUGGAAACGUACACUGACGUUCUACUUGUCACCGCAAAUGUUGGGUCAUUAUUCGACAAUGUGGGUGAGAUUGAGAGUGACUGGCUUCGAGAAUUAUUUGGGACUGUCCAGAGUUACAAACCACGCUUCAUCGCCCUGCACUUCCAGGAGGUUGGAGGCAAGGACUACAUGGUCAAUAUGGGCCAUGCGGAGAACUUCUUCUGGAACAUUGAGUCCAGUGAGGAGAUGAGGGACUUUGACAGGGUCUGCAUCUAUGUGGACAACCACUUUAAGAACGUGGACAGCUUCACGGCCCUGGGAAGCAUGUACUUCAUCCACAAGUCAUUGAAAAACAUCUACCAAUAUGAUUUUAAUGUUGAAGAUUUUAAAGCAGUGUCUGGACAAAACAAGUAUGUGGGAUCCCUGGAUGGGGUAACCACAAUGGAGAAAGAAAAAUUCCCAAAGAAUUUCUGGCCUGAUUUCAAAUGGUCUAGGAAGGGCUUCAUGAGGACCCGGUGGAUCAUUCACAACCAGGGUCUGGACCUAGUCAACGUACACCUUUUCCAUGAUGCCUCCAACCUCAUUGCCUGUAAUGCCAGUCCCUCCAUCUACUCAGCCAACCGCCAGAAGGCCCUCAGAUAUGUCAUCAAUAGGAUAUCAGAGAGCAGCUACACUCCACUCCCCUUCUUCCUGUUUGGGGAUUUCAACUUCCGCCUGGACACCCUUAGCCUGGUCCAGAACUUGUCCACUUCAGCAGAGGUGCAGACAGUGAAGAAGGACAGCAGUAACGAGGUGGAGAAAAUAAUCUGCGAGGAAAAGGACAAUGACCACAAGAUUCUUCUCCAUAUUGAGACCAAGUUGUUUGCCUACCUGCACCAGGCAGUGUUCAGAGAGGACAACGGCAGGGCGAUUUUGAAAUAUGACAAGGAGAUUGCAGCCUUUCAAGAUGUCAUUGCCGAGGAAGAAAUCCUGUUUCCACCCAGUUACCCCUACAGUGAAGACUACACUAAACCCACCCAGUACAUGAACACUCGCUGCCCCUCCUGGUGCGACCGUAUCCUCAUGUCUCACACUGCCCAAGACAUCAUCCACAGGAGGGAUGAGGAAGAGAGCAGUGUGGUUUACAACAUACUGGGCCCCAAUGUCUGCAUGGGCGACCACAAACCGGUUUUCUUGUCCUUUGCACUGAAGACAAAUGGCCAUUGACAAGGAUCCCUCUGUGCUCCCAGGCCUUAUUCUCCAGAGAGCCAUAGACCAGGCUGGCCCAGUGGAGUGCUGUUGGGAUAUGAACUAAAAUGAAGUGCCUCUGUGGACAAACCGCAUCCUUUGUCCAUAAUGUAGCUGGACCAUCUAUGUCUAUAGAAUCCUCUCCACUGUCGCUGUGUGUGGCUACACUAAGCCCAAUGUGGGUCCUCUUUUCAUUCAUUACCAGACAGAUCGCCGCCCAGAGAGACAUUCAUUGUGCAGGGCAGUGUAUUGGCAUUUUUACGGCUGUGGUUUUGUUUUGCUGCCAUUUCAAUGACUUUUUCAUAUGAUGUUUUUCUCCUUAAAGAGGUUUUCUCUUCAGAAGUUUCUAACAGUGACAAAACCCAUGGUUCAGACAGACUUACAGCUGUCAAUUAGCUUUUCAAUGAGGGGACAGCAUACCAAAGCAUAUAAUAUGUGAUUCUCUGGUCUGCCAUGGCUAUCCUGGUCCCAUCUAUGAAUCCAGCAGGAUUUCACACAAUUUGGACUUGUAUCUUUUGUUUUUCUAGGAACUCCUUUUGCAAUCCUAUAUCAUUAAUCUACACAUUGAAACAAUUUAUAGAUGAUUUCCAGAUGUUACUGUAUGUUUUCCUUGUGGAUGGUAAAUAGAGUUAACUUUUUUCCCAUUAUCUAAGCCAGUGUCUAUCCAACAUUGGGUCAUCACCAUCACACACUCCCACUCCGCUAUCCGUACCAGUGGAUAAACAGAGCAGCUCCUACCCAGUCACGGCACCCAGCCUCUCACCGAAGUGCAUGCAAUUCAGUCAGUUUUCACCCAACCAAGCCUCUCAUUCUAUUCUCCUCUCACUCCAAGUUAUUGAUUGCCAUGACUUGGGUGACAUCAUCACAGAUUUGAUCAUCAGCAUUAUGGAUUUUUUUGACAGACAAUUUGCUCUGUCCUGUGCUUGGCCAUACGUCUCGCCAUCCAUACCCCAAAAUGUACACCGAGAUGGUAUUUUCUGGGAGUCCUCUCUUCAGUGAUGGAUCAUUGGAAUAGGACCAACGUAAAGACAAUCGACUAUGUGACCGUGGGACUGCUGAUGUUUAGGCCAUGGUCUUGUCAGGGAGGGACCAGCUCUCACCCAAUGGGAGGAAGGAGACAUGUGAGGACACACACAUAUACACACUCUGGCACUCUGCCAAGUAAAUACCCUGACUUUAGCUGGUCAAACGGUUUUAAAGUGUCAAGGGAUUAUAAUGAAGUAUUGACCAUUCCUUCUGACAUUCCUGAAUGGAAUAUGCAUGCAUGCUUUUAAUUUGUAUGUUAGUAGUCUUUUAUUUUCUUACUGUUUUAACUGUUUACCAUCAACAUAAGCAUGCUAAAAGCAAACACUCACAAACACAUUAAACAAAAGCUGCUACAGUAUUUCAAUGCACCAUCGGCAUGUUUGUCAGAAUAGAGCGGUAGUGUAAUACACAUUUCUCUGUGCAUUAUUAUGUUGUGCAGUCUUUUGUUGGAAACAUACAUUUUUACCUGUAUGUACAUACUAUCCCAGCUCAUCCGUGGAACAGUGAACUCCAACAAAACGCUCCAUUUGCCUCCUAAUGCCACGCUGAGGUCAUUUUUCCUAACCUACUAUCUCAAUGGUGUUAUAAACUCAGCUUACAUCAAUAAAAUGAUGUAAAAGACCAGUGGGCCAGAUUCAGGCUGGGAGCCCAUAAGGUCAGUAUGAAAUGUGGAAUGGGCGCCUUCCUUUCCCAUCAGACCUCUGCCUUGGAUUCCCUCAGCCUCUAAAGUGUAGCAUCUACAUGCUGCUGAAUACUGAUGAUCACAGCUCUGCCUGCCUGCUACCACACUCUGCUGGGUAUACUCUCUGGUGGCUUGUACGUUGACAUAUUAUGGGGUGGGCCUAUGUAAUGUACAACCAUGGUUCAACUGUAAGGUUAGUCUACUCUAUCGGACAUCAGAGCAGACAUGGGUGGCUAAAUGUUGUGUCAGCUUCUGUGAAUAUUCAAUUAAAUGGAAAUGUUCCACAUUCAGACAAUAUCAGCACAAAAAUACACCAAGCUUGCUACAUCAGUCACUGAUAGGAGUUGAUUUUGCUGCUCCCUUAUAAGGACAUCACGAUUUAUGUAGUCUAUUUUAAUUAAUGAUGCGUAUUGCCGGUGGUACAGUAGGUAGCUACAUUCUUGUUACCACGAAGUGCGUUAUUCCACAAACUAUGACUGGGUCCUUUAAAGUAGCUCCUAAGAGAUUCAUAAAUGUGUUUUAAUUUGUUUUUAGAGAAUUGAAGAGUGUGCUAAUAGAGAUUUCUCUUGUUCAGGGGAGCUGACACGAUGUUAUUCUGUUUUUAAUAAUGUAUCCAUUGUUUUACAAGCAGCAUCUUCUGGACUGUUUCAGUUACUGUGAUCAGUUUGAUUGUUUUACCAAACAAAAACUUGUUUACCAUCCCACUCUUUAAUUUGAAUGUGGAUGUGUCUGGAAUGGAUGUUUGAUACUACCUUCACACAUGCACAUCCAUGCACAUCCAUGCACAUCCAUGCACACGUUCACACAGGCGAAGUUUGAACAAUUUGAAGCUUGACACCUACGUAUUAUUUUGGUUAGUUAUUUUAUUGAGUAUAUCUCUUUCUAUGCUUUAUGUUUAUUUGUGCUGUAGCAACCUCUUCAGAUCUUUGUUCAUUGUCCGUGUUCUGUUUUGUAUGAAAUUGAGGGAUAGUUUGCAUCAUUUUGCUUUGAUAAGGACUAUUUCAAAGACUUAAAAUAUAAUCAUGGAUUUCUAAUUGAUUAAUAGUUUUAUCAAAUAUUCAGAAUGCACUUAAAUGUUAAAUGCCUAUUAAUGAAGUUAUUCAAAUGUUGUACUCUUAUUUUAAGGUAGAAAAUGCAUAAUUUGUCAUCAAUCUUCCUCUGUACUAUGUGGUGAUUGACUGACACUCAAUCUGCUGCGAAGUAAUUAUAGACUGAUAUGACAAGGAUUCAUUAGUUCAAAUGUAUAUAUAGAUUAUCCUUGUAAUUUGGACCUUGUCAAAUGUCCUUAAUUAGUUUACAAUCAAUAAUGUAUGGGUCUGCGUGGAAAGUGCAAGGCCCACUCAAUAAUAUACUUAUACUAGUUGAUUCAAGGUAUUGUCAAAAUAUUGUAAUGCCCUUAGAGUUCAACAUGAGGCCAGUAGUAUUGUUAGAUGUAGUGGACUAAUGUCGUUUUUAAAUUGUCUGGUUGAACACAAAAAAAACACUAUACUCAUGUAAUGCUUCCAGUUUUGUAAAUAAAUGUUGACCACUGCAAUUACA